UGAGCCAUGUCAGAUCCUUAACUUUAAUAUUUUGACAGAGAUAAAUAAUAACAUAAUUAAUUUGCAGACUCAAGAAGAGACAUCAGAGUCUAAGGAGGAAGAGGAAGAAAAUGAACAAAGAGGUGACGAAGUUACCAAAUUGAGUGAAAAUCAGAUUCUGGAGCAAACUUAUCAAAGUGUGCAUGCUCAGAUGGAAGAGGAGGGCAAAAAAACUUUUGCCCAAGAAUACACACGAAUCUUUGAGGCAUUCUACAAGGCCUAUGUUCAUGAAGAGGAACUCAUGAAGGAAAAUGAAAUGUUGCAGACUCAGGUUAAAACUAAUACUGAUAAAGUAGCUGUUGCAGGAAAACUGGCAGCAGCUGAUAAAGAAAUAAUUGAUCAGCUCAAAGAUGAAAUUAAUCAAGCACGGAGAAUGGUGGACUCAGCUCAUGCCCGAGAAGAAAAUUCUCAACAAGUAAUCGAAAAUCUCAGACAUCAAAUAAAUCAGUUGAAUGCAGAGAUUGAACAAAGGGCUAGGCUUGGAUUGGACCAAUUAGAAGAGUCUGGUAGUGCAAAGAAAGAUAAAGAAAAUUUCCUGAGAGAAAGGGAGGAGCACUUAAUGCAUGAAGUUGAGAUAUUGCGAGGACAACUUGCCAGUGCCUUAACUGUUCAAGAAGACUUAAAAAGGAAGAAUUCUGCAAUAGAUGUGCGAUGCAAUGAACUAACACAGGAAUUAGAGAAUCAGACAAAUGAAAUAAACAAAGAACUCCGUGUCAAAGAACAUUUGGAACAAGAACUGAAGAUGUUGUCUACUAGCUUGCAGGAUAAAGAUUCAGAAGCAACAAAUCUCAAACACCAGCUCAGUCAAGCAGAGCUCAAUAUAGGGAAGCUAGAGGCAAAUGUGAAAGAUCUGAAGACACAGAAUGAACACCUACAGAGAGAUGUUGAAAGUCUCAACAGUCGGCUGACCAAGGUGCACGCGGAAUUUGAGUUGCAGACAGAAAUUGUUGAAAAGCUAACAAACGAAAAUUCCACUAAGACACAUGAACUUAAGAUGCAAGGAGAAGAAGUUACAAGACUGCGAAAUGAAGCUUCUAAGGUGGGGAAGGUGCGAGAACAGUACAUUAAGAAGCUGACACAAGCAGAGAAUCAGCAUCAAAGUCUGAUGCAAGAGAAAGAGAUGCUGAAAGGGGUUAUUGGUCACUUUGAGAAAAACCUUGAAACAGCCAAGAAGCAAGCAGAGAAUAGCAAGAAGAUCUGUGAUGAUCUACAGAGGGAAAAAGAUAACCUCAACAAGAAUAUUCUCAAAGCAGCAGGAGCAGCAUAUGAACAACAGGAGAAAAUAAAAUUACAGGAACAAGUAAAGAGAAACUUGGAGCAAGGAAUUGACAAUUUCAAAUCUGAAGUAAAUAAACAGAGAAAAAUUGUUGCAAGUCUUGAGGAAGAAAGAGACAGAUAUGUACUGGAGUCUCAAAAACUGACUCAAAAGUUACAGGAUACACUAGCUGAAGUGAAGCUCAAGCAGGUAUCUAUUGUUGAUUAUAAGAAGAAGAUAGAAGAAGCAGAUACCAAGUUUCAUACUCAACAAAAGCUCUUUGAAGCAGUCCAAAGUGAUCGAAAUACCUUCAGAAAGCUGUUACUUGAAGCCCAGGAUGAAAUUUCUGAACUUAAGCAGAAGUUGAAGAUUUUGAGCCAUCAGACUGAACAACUGAAAGAGGACAUUACAAUGAAGGAGGCACAGCUCCUGAAAGAAGAGAAUGCAUUACAGAAAAGCAAAAAAGAAAGAGAGAUCCAAAAAAUUGAAAUAAGGAAACUCAAAGAUGAAUUACAUGAUAGCAAGGAACAGAUUACAGCUUAUAACUUAGAGGAAAGAAAGCUACUUAAGAUCAUUCAGGAUGGAGAUCAUGAGAGAGAGAAGCAAAAGAAGGAAAUGGAACGGAUAAUGAAUGAGCGAGACAUUCAAGGAACACAGUUAGCAAGGAGAAAUGAUGAGUUGUCUUCACUGCAUGAUAAAACAAAGAUUCUACAGACUACACUCCAUAAUGGUGAAGCACAAUAUGAUCAGAGGUUGGAGGACAUUCGUUUACUAAAACUGGAUAUUAAAAGACUCAGGCAAGAAAAGGACUUGCUCACAAGAAGCAUGACCAAUAUGACAGAUAUGCGCCAAGAAAUUUUUCACCUGGAGACAGACCUUACUCGUGAGCAACUGAAGCGUCGUGCAUUGGAAGAGGAGUUACAGAACCCUCUUAAUAUUCAUCGUUGGAGGAAACUGGAAGGCUCAGAUCCUGCUACACAUGAGCUAAUCCUGAAGAUUCAGCUCCUACAGAAGCGUCUUAUAGUUCAAGCCCAAACAACCAUUAAACAAGAGGCCCAAUUAAAAGAAUGUGAGUUACUCUACUCAAAUUUACGUCAACUGCUAGCCCGUCAGCCAGGACCAGAGAUGGUCACCCAGUUGCAAGAAAUGCAACACGCCCUCAAGGCCAAGGACAGAAAAAUUAAAUGUUUGGCAGCAGAACUGAACAUGUAUGAAGCACAAGUAUCAGAAUACAAAUCUCACUUGGCAAGAGUCAACGAAGAAUUACAAACUGUGAAGAAAAAAUACUUUGCACAGGUGAACCAAUCACAUAUGUUUUAUAGCUAAGAAUUUUUAUAAUUUUAACAGUUAAUACCAUUAAAUUGACUGUAUUUGUGGUCUAG